AUGUAUCGACGACAGAAACAUGACCAGCUUCAAAGAAACCCGCGAUGGCGGCGGUCAGAACCUUCGACGACAUGGCCGGCGCCACCAUUCGGGCCACUCGUAGAGACUGUCAGUGUAGCAGAACUGUCUAAGCCUGCCUUGGAGUUUGAAUCAACUGCCCGGGUGACGGGCUGCCAGCUUGUCGCGUCGUAUAACUGGCUGGACAGGACAUCGCCGUCAAUCAUCGUCCCAGGUGCGCCACCCAGAUGGACACCCCUCGCGGAACCUCGACAACUGUCAGAAGACGACGGUGUCUAUUACCGUGACAAGAACGCUGCUCGACACCCAGCUCAUCCGAUGGAGCCCGCCAUCCAAGCUAUCCUGAUGGCACACCCCGAGCCCUCUCCCAGGCCCGUUGACAUCGUUGCCUGCGGUAGUACCAUCGGGAACUUGCUCCGCUUCAUCCGAGGUGACGAGAGACCCUUCCGGAUGCUCCUCGAGGUGGUUGGCGAUGCUGUCCACCUAAUCCGUAGGGAAAAUUCCCCGAAAGAGACAAUGUCUGAUGUCAGGGGCUACGGGCACAAGUUUCCAGAGGCUUACACGACUUGGGAUUCUGAAGUCCGCGGUUCAACAUCUCAUCAGCGGAUUAUUCAAUACGACUUUGGGGGGCUUCGUUGCCUUAUUCGUCACGAGGGUGAUGGCUACCUCCAACAUAAACAAGGCUCCUCUACGAACGAUACCCGCACCGCCUUUGUUGAAAACGUUUCAGUCGGCAGCCUGAUCGAAAACCUCAAAGUCAAGGAGACGGCACCAGGGAGUCCGCAAGACCAAUCUCAGCAAGUACAACUGAAGAGUGGCGGGUUUGAGGUGCCCCAAUGUGCAGUUUUUGAUCUCAAGACUCGGUCAGUUAAGCGCAAAGGCAGUGAUUUCCUUGGCGAGGAACUUCCGCGUUUAUGGGUUGCCCAGAUUCCUAACUUCAUCCUGGCCUACCAUGAUAGGGGCACGUUCAAGGAUAUUGAGGUCAUGGAUGUGGUUCAGGAGGUCAAAGCCUGGGAGAUAUCGAAGAACCCGGAGCUCUCUCGACUAGCGGCGCUCCUGUCUCACAUUGUCCGCCUUGCUCGUGCACAGAGGAAUGACAGGCUUGAGCUCAGCCGCCAACAGCUCGACAAGCUCGAGAUUCGGAACCAGUGCCCUGGACUAUCUUCCGCAUUCUCUAGUGAAGUCAAUGAAGAGUGGGCAAUGUGGCUAGCUGGAGAUGAUACACAGGAUGGCCCGAGUACGGAUGGUGAGGAUGGACUUCAGUGGAGCGAUGGCGAAGGUGACUAUACAGCCUGUUCCGAGAGCUGUUCAUACUGUGGAAAGUGUACGUAUUGA